AAGUGAGUGAGUCAAGUGUGUGUGGACGGGCGACUGGGGAUAGUUUUGUGAUGCUCGGGUCGGGCGCCGCCGAGCAGGAGAUGCCCCAUCAAAACGAUGUAGACAGAGGUGAUGCAGCAAAAUGCAGAAAACGAGAAGAUUAUCUUGAGUGGUCAGAAUAUUUUAUGGCAGUGGCUUUUCUAUCAGCCCAGAGGAGCAAAGACCCAAACUCCCAGGUUGGUGCUUGCAUUGUCAAUUCAGAAAACAAGAUCGUUGGCAUAGGAUACAAUGGAAUGCCAAAUAGAUGCAGUGAUGAUUCUUUACCUUGGGCAAGAACUGCUAAAAAUAAACUGGACACAAAAUAUAUGUAUGUUUGUCAUGCGGAAUUAAAUGCAAUUCUGAACAAAAAUGCUAGUGACGUUAAAGGAUGCACGAUGUAUGUGGCCUUAUUCCCUUGUAAUGAAUGUGCUAAACUCAUCAUCCAGUCAGGCAUCAGCAAAGUUACUUACAUGUCAGACAAGUACCAGGAUUUGCCAGAAAUGAAGGCCUCCAGACUCAUGUUGAACAUGGCUGGUGUAGAAUGCAGCUCCAGGCUCGGGAACCGUUCCCAAGUGCGAGCCAGUGUCAGACUGCUUUCGAGUGCGCUCUCCAUCCGCGGCAGGUUGAUGUGGAGGAACAAAAACUCAAAACCCCAAAACCCAAUAAUUAAACCGCUGCGUUGCUUGCCAAUUUACUCCAAAGAAUAAAACAAUUACCAUUGAUUUUGAUGCAAUAAACAAAAGUGGAAGUUGUUUGCAGUCAAGCAAAUCUACCUCACCAACAUCAUCAUGAAAGUGCUACUUAUUCAUCAUGGAGAACCUUACUUGUUACUUCAUAUUUUUUUAUUAGUAGCUAUUCUUUAGUAGAAACCUGAUGUCAGAAUCAGGUUUAAUGUCACCGGUAUAUGUCACCCUGUAUUCUAAUGGUACAGUUGAACCUUACUGUUGUAUGUCAUGUGGUUUCUUUUCCAAUUAAUACUUGAUCUGCUGUUGAGCCUGAGUUUGACUGGCUUUAAAAAAACAGAUUCUUUAUAAAUAUGACCACUCUCUCUUACCCCCUCCACCCAAGUCGAAAAUGAGAACUUUCCCAGAGUUUCUACAUGACUGGCCCAAAAACCUGGCACCAUAGCCACUGAAUUUUGGUAGUGAGGCUCAUCAGAAGUUUUAAUCUCACCUGCUGGUUGCAUAAAACCAUUACUUUCUAACUGCUGCUAUCUUUUGCACUUUUUAAUUUUCUCAUGGGGUGUGCUUUACUGGUUUUAUUGUUCAAUCUUAAUUGAUGAGUUGCCCACUUGCUCAUUCUUACUGGUGAAGGUACCUAUCAGUAUAAGCAGUUCUAGGAUUGAUAAAGUAAUAACCUGGUUUCUAACUCUUGAACUAGACAGUUGUAACUGUUGGGGCACCAACUUGGAACAUUUAAACUCUGACCUCUUGAGCCUGGAAUCUUUUGGUCGAAGUUGGUGCUGGAAAUUAGGAGUGAAGUUUUGAAUCUUCCAUAAUCUCUUUGGUGAAGUUCCCUGAAUAAAUUCUGGGGCUAGUGAGCUGGUCAUCACGAGUAUUGUGGCCUCCAUUAAAAAUGUAAUGCUGAAAAUGCUUUGCAGCAAAUGAAAGUAGCUACAUUUCAGGUUUUCCGUAUCUACAGUUUCUAACUUACAGGAAUUGUGUACAGCCAACUUGGUUUUAUAGUAAUUAAAGAACAUGAACAGAAAUUGUGAUUAUGAUGUAUUCUUGGUUUUUCUGUCUUCUGUUUUUUUGUGAACCUUCAACAUUAUCAAAGAGGCUGCCCAUAUUCAUGACGAUACUGAGUUCUAAUAUUAACAGGUAUCGUAGGAUUGUACACUGCUAGAGGAAGCCUUUUUGCUCACUAUUAGUAGAUAUUGAAGAACUGCUCUUAACCCCUUGCUGUUCAGCAUUGCAAGUUUUUUGCCCUUGUAUUUGAAAAAUGCAUUAUAGUCUGCUUCCACUGUCUUUACAUAGUGCAUUACUGAUUUAUAAUACAUGUACGUAUAGUUGUAAUGUGAACAAGGUCAUCAGAGAGGCACUGAAGCUACCAGAUACGGAAGUGUUUUAUUCGAGAAAGUGAGACACUUGAAGGAGGAUACCUCCUGACCCAAUGUUAUGUAACAUUUAUGACAUUUUUAUAUGCUAAAGAUCAAAGGUAACAGCAGAACAAUUCUAUAGUUACAAUGUAUAUACAAUUCUUCCUUUGACUUACACACACCUUUGCAACAGCAGACACCCAAAAUGAAUGUUAAUCAGCAUUGUCUGGUUUGCAAUCAACUCCAAUGCACAGCUCCAGGAAAUCUGUUGUUCAGGACUGCAUCUUAAAUUCAAUCUACAAUUAUGUUCAGGUCUGAAGAUUGAAUGCUGGUGAAGUAAAUAUUUGUUAUAUACCCUAACUCCAGAAUAUGCCUUAACAAAAUACUUCCAAACUCAUGGAUAUAAGUGCUGAUUAUAAAUUCAUAUCCUCUCAAUAUUGACCCUCCUGUUAUUGGAACAAAAUCUUAUGCCCAUAAUCCAGGAUUCAGGGGAGCUGCCUUCAAUAUGAUAUGAAAGGUCAUCUAAGUAAUUGCACCAGAGUUUAGAAAGUUUAAUGUGUAUCUUAAUAUCUAUGAAUAUUCCAAGUAAUUUUAAAGUGGUGUAUCUGUUGCUUAUUGGUGAUUUUUUUUAUGUCUCGGAGUCUGAUGUUGAAUAUGACCUUCACUCGUAUGUAUUUGAUGUAGUCCAUUAUGAAUGGAGUGGUAUUUAAAGAGAAUGUUGUCUUAAAGAUCAGAUUAUUUUCCCAGUAACUUGAUCGAUAUUUUUUGUAACAUUACACUCAUUUGACAUUGCUGUCUGUGGGGUCUUGUCAUGUGAAGUUGACAGUUGCCAUGCUUCAAAAUUAAACUAUUGGAGAGAAGAUGUCAUGUUCUCAUGCAGGUUCUUUAUAUUUCCAAGGAAUUGUUAUUUGUGCGACUGUCAGUGUAAACAAAAGCACUACUUGGCACAUAGUUUCAUUUGACCAGUUUUGUUGACUGUUAUCCCCAGACUGUCUAAUUCCACUAUUAAAGUUCUAA